UUUAUGUACGCCUAUAUACACACAUAGGCCUAUUUACUGUAAUAAGAAUGCGAAAAUGACAUGAUCGUUUUCAGGAGGGGGACAACCUUGUAUUUUGAAGAAAAUGAAGUCGGGAAAGCUCAUUUCCGGCCAUCUAGGAAUCAUGGAGGACCCACGACACCCUUUAAGCUUUCUUUUGUUGGUUCAUCGAUUCAUGGAAAAAACAGAAUAGGCCGCGCCUACGUAUGCAACUACUAAAUUUUUUUUCUGUAUGUAUAACAUUUUACCCCCUCCUAAGUUUGAACCCAGAUCCGCCACUGUAAAAGCCCAAUAAUAUUAUUAACAGGGCUAUGAAAACAAAACUGCUGACACGACAACGUGACUCGACUCAAAAUGAUAAUACAGUAUACGUUGAACAAAGGUCAGCAACAAUGUUCAUUCACCAACAUGAAGUCUGUAGUACUUGCAAUCGUGUUCCUAGCAUUUAAGAUUAUAUAUUGUUUUCCCGAGGCUACGGGGCCUAGACCUAAGGUCCAAGCCAAGUUUGGUAAAAUCAUCGGUAAAUCAUUCUCAUUUGACGGUGGGCCUCAUUUGGACGUUGUCAAGACUGUGGAUGGCUACUUGAGCAUUCCGUACGCCGAGCCGCCGGUAGGACCGCUCCGUUUUAUGCCGCCAAUUGCUAAGACAUGGAGUGCUGAAGAGGGCCAGGCCUACGAUGCAUCGAUCAAUAAGGCUGCUUGUCCGCAAAUGAAACUAGACUACUUCAAUUUCACAGAAGAAAUAACCGAAGAUUGUCUCCAUCUUGAUGUGUAUACACCACACCCUACGGUGACAACGUUGUCUCAGGCAACGCAGGAUUGAAAGACCAGGUACUUGCUUUAAAGUGGGUUCAUGAGCAUAUUGCAGAUUUUGGCGGGGACCCAGAGAGUGUGACAAUAUUCGGCGAAAGCGCUGGAGGAAUGUCGGUAACAUAUCACGUGAUCUCUCCAAUGAGUAGAGGUCUUUUCAAUGGUGCCAUCAUGCAGAGCGGUACUAUCGUUGGCGGCGUGCAGCUUGGACCAGAAACUAGACGUUUGCAACGUAAAAGGGCCCUUGCACUUGGAAAAACUUUUGGUUGCGAAAAGACCAAUACAAGCGAACUAGUUGAAUGCCUUCAAGCCGUCGAUUUCGAAACGUUACUCGCAAACUAUACAAAUACAAAUGUUGAAACCGGAGAGCACCCAAUGACGAACCCGUUCUCUCCGAAUAGUGAUGGAGAAUUCCUUAGUGACAGGGCCGAUAGUCUAUUUGAAAAUCCGGCGAAUAUCAUUGAAGCAAAUGUUAUGCUAGGCGAACUCGAAGACGAGGGAAAUGUAGUUUUGCCUAUGGUAUUCCCUUCAUACGUCGAUGAAGCACCAAUCGUAAACCAGACAGAUUUUGAUAUGGUUGUUGAUAUUAUGACUAUUAAAGUGUUACCAACCGAGCUCUCACGGAAGACAACAAAACUGUUUUACCUUACUGAUGAUCAUAUAACCGACCCAACUGCAGAUCGUAAGGAAUGUAUAAAUCAACUGAUUGGUGAUAUUUGGUUCACUUGUCCAAAUACAAGAGCAGCAAAAUAUUUAGUUUCUGCCGGAAAUGAUGUCUACACCUACCACUGGACGCAAGUUCCAUCGAAGUCUUUGUGGAAAGUAACGUGGUUAGGGGCGACACAUGCAGAAGAUUUGUCGUACGUUUUCGGCUCACACUUCAACGAGCACAUGACGCAGCUUUAUGGGGGAUUUACCACAGAAGAUAUCAUGUUGACCAAAAACAUUAUAACGUAUUGGACCAAUUUUGCAAAGACUGGGAAUCCAAACUCCGCGGGUAACAACUCUACAUCGCUUGAUUUUGCGGAAUGGCCGAAGUACACAUUAUCUGAUCAAUCUUACAAGGAAAUAAAAACUGGAAUGCCUAACGGUAAAAAUAUUAAACCACAAGUUUGUGAAUACUUCAAUGAAAUUUUACCUAGGCUAAUUGCUAUGGAAGAAAAACUUAAAGAUAUGGAAACUGAAGAACGUGGACAUUGCACCAAAGAAUCCUGCGAUGGAAGCCCGCCUAUUGCUAGGCCUAGAUCUCUUUAUUGUCUGCGUGUCCGACUCGACUGUUUGGCAGAGAAAGAUGGGCCCCAACCUAUGGUCCAAGCUAAGUUUGGUAAGGUUCUUGGUAAAUCAGUUACCAUCGGACCCGACGAUUACUUGAAAGAGGCAAAGACCGUGGAUGCCUACCUUAGUAUUCCGUACGCUGAGCCACCCGUUGCUUCUCUUCGCUUCAUGUCGCCGGUGGCGAAAUCAUGGGGUGUGAAUACUGUAUUCGAAGCUACCGGUCCGCAGACUUGCUGCUUUCAACCGGGACUGGAUAUCUUACCAAUCUAUGAAGAGAUGAGCGAAGAUUGCCUCCAUUUGGAUGUGUACACACCAAAUCCAAGGCCAGUUAAUGCUCCCGUGAUGGUCUUCAUACACGGCGGUGGGUUUGUGUACGGUAUUGGAACAUCCACUAACAUGUCGCAAGUACCAAUGGCAGCCAUCGGUGACGUCAUAGUAGUUAAUAUUAAUUACCGGUUGAACGUCUUCGGUUUUUUCUCUACAGGUGAUGACGUUGUUCCCGGCAACAUGGGGUUCAAAGAUCAAGUACUAGCCCUGCAAUGGGUUCACAAUAACAUAGCCGAAUUUGGUGGGGAUCCAGAAAUGAUUACGAUCUAUGGUGAAAGUGCCGGAUCCAUAUCGGUUACAUACCAUAUUGUAUCUCCGAUGAGUAAAGGCCUGUUUCAUCGCGCCAUUAUGCAGAGUGGGACACAAGUUCCACAUUUUCAUGGUGAAUUGAACUCAAUGGAUUUACAACGUUCGAGGGCGUUUUCGUUUGGUAGAACUCUGGGAUGUAACCAGAAAAAUACCAAAGAACUAGUUGAAUGUCUUCAAACCGUCGACCGAGAAACGCUACUUGCUAAUUACUCAGUUAAUACAGCGAUUGAGAAUGAAGAGAAUCCGCUUACAAACGUGUUUAUCCCUAACGCUGAUGGUGAGUUCAUGCCAGAUGAUACAAGCGUUCUGUUCGACACCCUGGGCGCAAUUAACGAUGUGGACGUCCUGCUAGGCACAGUUGCCGAUGAAGGCACCAUUUUCAUCAAAAUGUUAAACCAAGGCGAAACAUUCAAUCGUACUGAUUUCGACAUGUUUGUCAGUGUAAUGUUGUAUAUGCAACUUAGAACCGAGGUCACAAAGAAGACUGCCAGUAUAUUGUAUCUCUCUGAUGAGCAAAUAUCACAUCCAGAGUCCGACCAUAGGCACAGCGCUAGUCAAAUGAUGGGCGAUUUGGUCUUUGUUUGUCCAGCGGAGAAGACGGCGCAACAACUCGCCGCGGCGGGGAAAAACGUGUUUUUGUACCAGAUGACUCACGUACCUUCACGGUCCUUCUGGAAUAUGACGGGGCUUGGAGCCGCACAUGGCGACGAUUUAAUAUAUGUGUUGGGGAUGCACUACAAUGAAGACCUUACUUUUAUGUAUGGACAGCUGCCCGACGAAGAAAUUCGAUUGACCAAAGCCAUGAUAACUUAUUGGUCCAAUUUUGCCAAAACAGGAGAUCCAAAUAAUUCUGGCGGGAAAAAUGACUUCAUCUCGGCCUAUCCUCAAUGGCCAAAGUUUUCUCAUUCUGAGCACAGCUAUAAAAAGAUUUCAACGACCAUGCGCAAUGACAAUAACUUAAAGACAAAAGAGUGUAGAUUCUUUAAUGACAUUUUCCCACAAAUUGUAAAAAUGGAAGAAAAGUUAAACAAGUUUGAGUCAGAAGAAAGGCAUGAAAAGAUAAAAUACACAUGUCAGUCAGAUUCAUGUGACGGGGAAAAUCCAUAGGCGACGUCAUCAAGCGGUAAGCCUAUGAGCUAAUCCAGGGAUUUUAAGACAAGGGGAACCAAUUUCUCAUAAGCAAAGUGAGGGGCUCUAUGUGGAAGGAUCCAUAGAUGCCCUGAAAUGUACUCUUGUAUUCUAAGAGGUCUGUUAAUGAAUAAAUCGUUUUACGAAUUGU